AACAAAAGGCAAGAUGACUACUCUCUCAGCUAAGGACAAGGACAGAGUCAAAGCCUUCUGGGCCAAAAUCGCCCCGAAGUCCGAGGAUAUCGGCGCGGAGGCUUUGUCCAGGAUGCUGAUUGUGUACCCUCAGACCAAGACUUACUUCGCCCACUGGAAGGACCAGAGCCCCACCUCCCCUUCUGCCAGGAAGCACGGAAUUACUGUGAUGGGUGGAAUUGCAGAUGCUGUGACCAAAAUCGACGACCUGAAGGGAGGUCUCCUGACCCUCAGUGAGCUGCAUGCCUUCACUCUGCGUGUGGACCCUGCCAACUUCAAGAUUGCCUCGCACUGCAUCAUGGUGGUCUUGGCCGCUAUGUUCCCCAACGACUUCACCCCUGAGGUGCAUGUGUCCUUUGACAAGUUCCUGGCUGCUCUGGCUUUGGCCCUGUCUGAGAAAUACCGAUAAACAGCAGAUGACGGAGCCUGCAGCACGAGCUCACACAUUGCAUGAUGAUUAAUAAAUGCAUUGAUGCAAAAACAA